AUGAAUGCUUUGUUAAUUUGCGUCUUGGGAGUGCUGGCUGUUACCGCGGCGUUACCAGCGGAUCAUUACACAGAUCGCUUUGACAAUAUCAAUAUUAAUGAUAUCCUGAAUAACCCAAGGCUCCUCAAUGCAUACAUCAAUUGUGUGUUAGACAAGGGAAAGUGUACCAACGAGGGAAAGGAGCUGAAAUCUCACAUUGGCGACGCUCUAGCGACAAAUUGCGAGAAGUGCACGGACAAACAGCGCAAGGGAACUCGUACCGUCAUCGGCCAUCUCAUCAAUAACAAACCUCAAGAGUGGGAAUUAUUAACAGCCAAAUACGAUCCCCAAAGAAAAUACUCAGCGCAGUAUGAAAAGGAAUUGAGAACUAUCAAGGCUUAG